AUGGGCCAUCCGCAAGCGCACUGCAGACCUGGCGUGGACACGCCAGGCGCGAUAGGGAGGUCUACCGACAGAUCGUCUGAAGGCUUAUCCGCUGGCCACUCUCAGCCUAAGCCCCCGAAGAAUAAUCGAUCUGGAGAUGUGCCACGAACAUCCAGAAAAUCAUUGGCUCACCCUGUGGAAACUUGGUCGCGAAGUUCCAAGCAACAGUUUCUUUCCCUUGGAGAUCGAUGUCAGGAAACCACAGAAGAAACACACCCAAAGAACAUCAGUGAAGCCAAACCCCCGCGAAGGUUCCUCCCCGAACCAAUUGAAACGACCAGCACGACCCAUAGAAGAGCCUGCUCUACCUCCGAGAUAGAUGACCAAAGCGUCCCGUCUCACGAUGGGACGUCGCCGGCUCCACGGCGAUUCAAACCGAACCUCAUCGAAACUGAUACACGCUCGUUUCGAAAAGCACAGUCGUUUCGGAACCCCUCGCAUAACGUUGCAGGAUCUUCGGCAACUUAUGCAACCGCUGAGGUAAAUACUCGAUUUUGCCCAGAUAACCAUGUGCCCCCAGAAUCUCGGUUUUCAUAUGCCAGUCUUCUGCGCCGACAACAGGCUCGCAGACACUCAUUCAGAGUACCCGAACUACCAUCGAUUCCCUCAAGUAGCAGUGAAGAGUCGGACGACUCUAGAUCACACUCAAUGUGCACGUCAGUGCCGGGAUCCUCAGACAAAAUGACCAAGGAUCCCUUUGGUCCCAGGGUUCAUCGUGAAAGUUGCGAGGAGGAAUUUUCAGAAUAUCUGCUCUCGCUUGCCGCUCGGUCUGCACAUAUGCAGUUGAGGGACCAGGCGCUAGCUGCGUUCCCCAACGAACAAGUAUAUGAACCUGUUGACCAUUUCGCCAUCGACUAUGACAGGGACUUGGAGGAAGAUGUUUCCACAAAGUACACUCUUGUCAAGUCACGACGACAGUCCUCGGCAGAUCUAUCCUGGGAGCUUGAAUAUAUGCGCCAUCAUAAGGAAGAGGCUGAGAUGAGGCUCCGAGCGAUGGUCACAUCUGGACAGCCAAAUCCAACACCACAACCGAAAAAGCAUAGCCCGCCCCUACUUGGAAAAGACAUUGUCAUACCCCAAAGCCUCUCGCCAGGGGGCACCGUAUGUGAGCACUCCAAUGUCGGCAUGCCAUCUCAUGAUGCGUCAGAUCUGUGCUCUGGAUGUGAGGGCCUGUGGUGCGCGGCUCCCCGCCACAAUAGCGGGAAGAGCGCUGGUCUAUGGAUGGGUACCUGUUCCAAAGAGCCAGGUCAAACGAAAGAACCUCAUGGUCUUUUCCCUGGGAUCGUAACCCCCAUGCCUCGGAUUGACUCAACUGGCAUUAGCGAGGGUCUGAGCCCGUCACAUUCACACACUCACCUGGAUCGACUCGCCUUGUCCCCCGGAAUCAGCAAUCCUCGCAAAUCCACAAGCGCCAAUCUUCAGAAGGCGAUUGACUCCGAAUUUCACGAUGGGUUCGUGACCCAGAUCUACAAUUAUCUUUCGUUAGGCUACCCUUGUCUUGCCCGAUAUUAUGAUCAUGAACUCAGCCGAAUCUCUGCGAUAUCCAUCGAUGAUCUCCGUCGAGAUGACCUGAAUACCGACGCCCGGGGCUACGUUGUCGCACCGACAAAUGAUCAGCUUGCCGAUGCUUGCGCUCGAUGGAAAGCCCUUCGCCUCUACAUCCAAGAAUGGGCUCGACAAGAGCCUGGUAUGGCUGACGACGAGACCAAUUUGGAAGGCUGGGGACUGCCGGAGCGAAAGGGCAGUUGGGCAAUCUGA